CUUUUAUGUUAGACAUAAAAUAUAUUAUGUCUUUGAAUAGAAGGGAAUUAAUACUUUUCAAAUUCGUGUUACUUUAAACAGAGAGUACAUCAAUCUAAUGGAAUGGUUUAGAAAUGGUUGGGAUUUGAAAAACUAAAUAAUCGGAUAUUUCUGUGUGAAUAAUUAAGAAUAGAUAUCCUGGUAAUAAUGUAACAACUGCGAUCACGUGUCAUAUGUAAUAAUAUUUCAGUGCGUUCGUUGUUGGUGUUGUUUUUGUUCUAUCAAUUUAGCCGAAUGAUUAUGGUUACGAUGAAAAUGUAAUGCUUUUAAAAAUAAAAUGAAAGACAAAAUAAAUCCAUCCGGUUAAUACAACGGUGUAAAUAUCUAUAAAUGUACCUAAACCAGACGAAACUUUUAUAUGUACCAAUCUCACGUGCAUAAUUGAGUUUUGAUGAUGUCACCGAAGGCGGGGCUUAUCGGGCUUAUACCAGCAUUAACCGCUAUUUUAUUUCUAGCAGUGGCGAUUGGCGUGGAUAAGUGGCAGUAUAAGAACGAGCAGGUUUCUAAGUACGUAGAAUUUCAAGGUCACGGUGGGUUGUGGAAGUUUUGCAAUGACACAACAAGGACCUAUUCCCAGUCGAUUGGGAUGAAUGUAGUCAAAGUAAAAGAGACUUUGAUUUCCGUCUGUUAUGAUUUUACUGAUAUUUGUUCUCAAAGAAUGGCAUAUUACCUACGUGUGGUACAGUAUGCUCUGUUUGCUAGUAUAGCCUUUAUGUUUCUUGGAAUUCUUUUGAUACUCGUAAAACAUUGCCUGUUGAAAGAAUGGAAGCACGAGAAACAACAGAUGGUGUUGGGGUUCAUAUCUGCGACGUUUGCUUUUCUAACAGGUAUUCUCGCAGUAUUAGCGUUUGGGAUAUUUCAUGUAGAACUGGUGUUGGAAGGUUAUUCUCUCCAUGCUGGAUUUUACCUUACUGUGAUAGCGUGGCUGUUGUCCUGGGUUACUGGGUCAAUAUUUCUAGUGGAUAGUAUUUGCAUUGGAGCUAAAAUGUAUCCGGACUUGAAAUAAAUUGUACCAGUAGCGGCAAUGUACUGAUGCUAAUACAAGGGCAUAUAACCGUAACAUACAUUCUGUACAUACUCUAUGCUUAUUGUUUGUUCCAGGCUUGUUUUACUUUCGAAAGGAAACCCUGUUAAACUGUUUUGCAAUCCAGACACCAUGAUAUUCCAGUCUGGGUUUCAUAGAAAGUCCCAAGUCUGAAAUUAUAGAAAGUCCUAAGUCUGAAAUCAGUCUUAUGACCAAAACUAAGACAAUUUUGCGUUUCAAAGAAAACGUCCCCUAUUAAAAAAGAAAACUUAAGACCCCUAUGACUCUUGAUUUCUGAACAGCAAUGAUGUUAGGCAUUUACACAUUGCGAAUAAAACAAGUAUGUCGUAGUAUUUCUUAACCUUUCUCCGGAGAAUGCAUUUAUUUAUAGUAUACAGUAUACAUUAUUUGACUGAAGAUAAAAACAUUUAUUUAAAUGGCUUAAGUUAGUCCUAAAGUUAAUUUUAUGUACACACUUAGGACUUCCUAUGAAAGGCAAUCCAGUUCACUUAAAUUGAAAAAGACUGUACAAAAAUCCCAUUUUGCAUGCCUUUAAAUUAUUGAGAAUAACAGCUACUGUUAAAUCAUUUUUUUUUUCUUAUAAAUAAUAUCAGUA